AUGUUUGCAUGCAUGUGCAUGUUUGUGAUUCAACUCAUGCUGUACGGAUACCUGAUCAUGUCCAUCUACUACCGAGAGAAACUCACCGAUGCAAGUGACCGAAUGUGGGUGCAAUAUGUUUGUGGUUCGAUCAUUUCCGGGACCAUGCUGGGCUUCGAUGCUUCAUUCAUUCCUGGCGAAUGUAGACUUUUUUUUGGAAUGUUUACUUCUUCCAGAAAGGUUUCAGACAUGAACACCAUUUUCCCAAACUACGAUUUGGCCAUGUCUUGGGCUGUGAAUGACAUCUUUGCGGCCACGGCACAUUUCAUGCUCCCCAUGGUCUUGAUGGACGCGGAGGAUAACCUGGAUUUUGUCAAGGAUGCAACGUGCGUUUUAUUUAUUUGCCCAGCUGGACACUCUGCAAGUGAUUCCACCAGAGCACGAAGUUCCCCGAGAUCCCGCGCUGGAAGAUCCUCCGCUGGUGGGAAAGGGCGAAAGUCUCCGGCAGGAGCCAAGAAGCCCACCAGUCAAACCUCAAAUGUCCUGGCUGGACCAGGACGAAGUUUCCCAGCCUGA